CCAAAAUCUCGGAGCCGCACUUGCGGGCGGUCUUGCAAGGCGUGACGCUGAAGCAAGCCGCGGCGGCCAGCGACUCGUGCCUCAUCUUGUUCAAGUGGGCGCCGCGAUGAUCGACCUUCUCAGGCGCUCGCGGGAAAACGAAGCCGCGGCGAAGAUUCAAGCCGUCGAGCGCGGGAGGAGAGCGCGCGGCAAGAACGAGGGCGCAAAGGUCAAGGCGGUGGCUCAAGAAGCGUCCGUGGCCGUGGCCGUGGCUGAGACGACCGAGGCUGUGGCUCAAGAAGCGUCCGAGGCUGAGUUGACCGAGGCUGUGGCUCAAGAAGCGUCGGAGGCGCCUCAGCGGCCUCAGCAGACAGCGGCCUCUGCUGAAGGAAUCCGUCCGAAGAAGCGGACCGUGGCGUAUGAUCGCGCGGAAGCGAACGAAGCGAAGCUCCGCGCCGUGGAGGACGGGCUCGCGGUGAUGGGGGGCGGGAAGCGCCCGGAGGACGCGGAGGACGAGGAGUGA